AUGCUCCUGCCCACGCCCGGCCACUCGCCAUCCAUGCAUCCCAGCUCUUUGCCCGCCCAGUCCAUGAACCCCGCGGGCAAGAUGAACCUCUCCAUGAUCCUGAACCCGUCUCCCGCCCCAGACGCUGGGGAUGCACUCAUGAUCAUGGAGCCGACGACGCUGACGGCGUCGUGGCAGCCCGCGCCCCCUCACAAACUGCCGCCCAUGCGCGCCGGACCGCUCACGCCGCCGCUGUCGUACUACGACAUCUGCCAGGGCGUGGGCAGCAUCGAGAUGAUGCGGGAUCCCGAGGCGCGCUCACAGCAACAGCAUAGGUAUGGCGCCCCCCUGAGUCCCGUCGAGAGAUGGGGAUACGCGCCGUCGCCUCGAAGGGAGGGCACGGGCGGCGAGGCGGCAAACCGCACCCCCCACAACCUCCCUCGGGUGGGUGGUCCUCGCGAGCACUGCGCUGGCGCAGACGUCGAGUACUGGGGCGCGAGACGGCGGCCUACUCAAGAGACUGCCGAAGAGAUGGAUCUCGAUCCGCCCGAGGCGUAUUCGACCUCCGAGCCGGAUCGCGACCUGCGCCGGGGGAGCAUCCAGCUGUGCGACAUCCGGCACCAGCGCAGGAAUAAACAGCAGCGGCGCGGCUCCGCACCACACUCGUCGAUGCGCCGCAGUCCGAAUCACAAGUCUGCUGCCGACUCGCGCUCCCCUACAGCACUCACCCUCUACUCUGCCUCCCCAUCCUCGCCGGGCGCACCCAAAGGGCCCUACUGCAACAAAGCGUACCUCCGCGAACAGGUCGACUGGAUCCGGUACAUGAAAGAAGACUGCCACGUCUGCUACAACGCCAUGUGUGCGGAAUUCGACAAGCUGUGGCCGGCGGAGCGGAAGACGGCGCAGUGCUUCUCGGCGCGGCUGUAUCGUGACAAUAAGAUCCCGCGGCUCGACGCACAGCGGCGGCCAAUGUUCGACGAGAAUGGGAAGCUGCUGCUGGACGACGCCAAGGUGAGGGGCCGGGCGACCAUCGAGGGCCGUGUCAAGGGCGUCCCGUUUACCCUCGUCGACAAGUAUCCGUGGCGGGCCGUGGAGUAUCCCUGGGUUAGUGAGGAGCAUAAGGAGCUCGCGCGGAGGAUCUUGCAGGGUAAUGACCCGACGGACCCAGCAGGAAGGACCUAUCCCUAA